GUUAGUACAUAAUAAGAAGCUGUGAUUAGUAGCUUAAGUGUGCAGCUGGAGGUGAAGAGCGAAAGUGGUUACAAGUAUAUAAGCGUGAAGAACGGGCAGAUCAGAAACAGGGUUGGAGACGAGGCGCCAUGACCGCUUGGGCAGCUCUCCUCGUGUUCACCAUCCUGGUGGUGGUGGUGGGUGCUCGCGCAGGAGACGCAGCCAUAUGCUCGAGGGAGUGUCCCAUCGCCGGCGCCCCCAAGCUCUUCUACCAGGAAGGAAAGACCUACACCUACGGGUACUCCGGCGAGUCCAAGGUCCAGCUGAAGGGUGUGGAAGGUGGACACACAGAGAGGGACUGGUCAGCACAAGUUGAACUGUCAUGGAUCACUCCCUGUGACAUGGUCAUCUCCUUGAAGCUGUCUAAGACGGAUGGCGUCAUUGGACCAAAUCUAGGCAACGCCCUGGAGAGGUACCCGCUGGUGGUGGCGGUGGCCGACGGCCGGGUUCAACAAGUGUGUACUUUUCCUGACGACGACGCCUGGUCCAUCAACAUCAAGAAGGGCAUCGCUUCAGCCUUCCAGAACUCUCUCCCUUCUAAUUCAACAACUAAUUCGGGACUAAGUAUUACUGAGACAGACGUGGUAGGAACGUGCCCAACGAGGUACGAGGUGCAGAACCAUGGAGACAGAGUCAUUGUGAAGAAGGAGAAGAACCACCGCCUGUGUAAGCAGCGUUACCCGACCCCUGCUGAGACCCAGGUUCCCUGGCUCAAAGGUCCUCUGCCGCUGGAAGAGUCCCGCUCUGUGUGUAAACAAGAGAUCAGGAACGGAAUCUACUCCAGCAUCACCUGUGAGGAUAAGAACGUGGUCAGACCCAGCUAUGGUGCCUAUAAGUAUAUUGAAGCCAGACAGGAGUCCACUCUGAGAUACAUCUCAGAAUCCAACGACCAAUCAGGUGCCGCCUCUGCCAUCCCUCAAGCUAACAUGGAACGCAAGAGUCUCCGGUAUGACCACGAUACCCUCAAGAAGGACCCGUCCAUGGUGGCCCAGUUGGACCAGACCAUGAGUCAGAUCUGUGAGAAGACUAAAGAUGCCGUUGAGCGUGACGUUGCUGCUCUGGUAGCCUUGGCUUUACAUCUCUUGCGCCGGGUACCAGAGGAUGCUGUAGAACAGACUUUGGUUAAAAUCCGCAAUGGAAGUUACUGUGAAGAUUGGAGAAAACUCGAAAACCUUUUUUUAGACGUUGUUUCCUUCGUGCACGAGGUCGGUGCCGUAAAGGUUAUGGUAAGCCAACUGGUGAGUGGGCAGGCCACCGGAGGUCGUGCUGCCCUCUACACUGCGGGCCUCUACCUACAUACCCGCCCCACCUCUAGUGACAUUGAAGCUCUCGUACCAGUCUUUGAAUCCCGACUAAGUCUGCCAUUUGUGACUCUGGCUGCAGCCUCUAUGGUGAAGGCCUAUUGUCAUGACAGUUCCCUGUGUGAUAACGUAACAUCUGUAAGGACAAUUGUUCAAGCACUAAACAAUAAAAUUCAAAGCCAAUGUUCGCCUCUGAGUGACGAAGACACACAAAAUGAAGCUCUCGCCUCACUUAAGGUCUUGGGUAACAUGGGCUUGAUGACUCCUGAGGAAGCCACGUCAGUUAUCAGGUGUAUGAAGACUGAAGGAGUGCUGACGAGUGUUCGCGUGGCCGCCGCUCAGGCCUUCAGACAGUCACAGUGUGCGCCCUCCACUACCGAGCAGCUCAUCAAAAUUGCGAUUGAUUCUACUUCAAACACAGAAGUUCGAAUUGCUGCCUACCUCGCAGCGAUCCGGUGCGUCCAGGAAGGCGACUUGGAGACCAUUCUUGCUAGCCUGGCGGGAAGCGAGGAUACACAGGUUCGUGGGUUCAUACUGAGUCACCUGGUGAACCUCCAGGAGACCAACUCUCCGCACAAGGGACACCUCCGAUACCUCCUGACCAACAUUCUCCUUCCCAGAGACUUCGAGACUGACGUGAGGAAAUAUUCUCGCAACAUAGACGUGUCAUACUUCUCCUCGUCCCUGGGUGCUGGUGCCGGCGUGGAGUCCAACAUCAUCUACUCUCCGGGAUCCUUUGUCCCUCGCUCUGUUGACUUCAACCUCACCGCCGCGUCAGGCGAGGCUCUUAUGGACAUUGGCGAAGUUGGCGUACGCCUUGAGGGUUUAGAUCCGAUGCUUGAGAAGGCCUUCGGACCUAGAGGUUACCUAAGAAGAACUAGUCCGGCUAAAAUGUUUAAUUAUAUUCUUAAUUUCCUGGAAAAAGAGGGUAAGGAGAUCAUUGAUAAUAUCCGGAGAAUGCUAAGAGAAGAUGAGCAAAUUGAUAUGGCUUCAUUAACCGAUUUUUGGGAUGAAAUUUAUUGUUGUGGUGGACCUGACGUUGUUCGUGCUGAUAUAUUUGCUCGCUUUAUGGGACAAGAAAUAUAUUUCUCUUCUUUGUCUGGCAACUUGGACGACAUAGCUGCAAGUGGAAUAGGCAGAACGAUCGGCUCGUAUAUUACACAGAUUCUUCACCAAAUUAAAAAUGUACAUGUUACUUCUACAAGAACUGCUCAGUUAUACCUGGAUUACUCCUUCCCCACCAUUCAAGGGACACCAUUCAAAUUCAAACUAGAAGGUACAGCCGUUACUGGACUUCAGUUGGAAGGAUCUCUGAACAUAUUAGAUUUAUUUUUUAACUUCAGAAACGGGCAGAACGUUCUCAAAAUCCUCCCAAGCCUGUCUGUACAAAUAGACAAUUUUAUUGGCUUUGACGAUUACCUCAGUCAGACAGGCAUCAAGACGAACUCCACCAUCUCGACUAGCAACGGUUUCUCUCUCAGCGUCAAGGCCAAGAAUAAGUAUGAGCUGGUAAUUCAGUGGGACCUUCCUGAGAAGAUGGAAGUUAUUAAUGUGAAGAGUGAGACAUACCUCAUGAUGAGUGAGAGAGGCAGACCAGAGACCAAGGUCAUCCCACAAUCCAUGAAGGACACCAGGAUCAGGACCCAUUCAUGUAUCAACAGUCUUGAACCCGCGCUAGGUCUCAAGUUCUGUUAUGAACUGGACACCCCGGAUGUCUUCCGUAGCAACUCUCUGCCACUUGGGGCCCCGGCCAUUGCCAAGCUAUACGUCGAGAAGGAAGAGCCAUCCAUAAUAGGUUAUAAUAUUACAUAUCUUAAUAAAAGAAAGGAGACUAGCCAAUAUAUUUUAUUGAAAAUAGAUACCCUCGGAUCUUCUAAACCUAGAGAAGCUGAAUUACUUAUCUCGUUCUCCAAACAAGGCUAUUCUGUCUCGAUCUCCGCCAGUUUUGACUCUCUGACUUUCAGUAGUGGAGUCUGGAUCACAAUUAUCAAUAGUGAAGAUUAUAAGGCCAUCCUGGUUUACACAAAAUUCAGGAACGCUCAAACGGAACUAACACGGGGACUUAAAGUAGAUUUCAGGACAAAGUCAUCGCUGAGUGACAAAGAGUAUGAACUAAAUGUCUUCAGCAGCCCGCUAAAAAACUUUCCCCUCGCCUCCAAAGUCGUGGAAAUGAAGCUCGCCAAGACAAUCAAUCGUCCCGAAGUUUCUAUGGAUUUUCUCUGCGGAACAAGAAAUUAUUUAAGAAAUUAUUUCGACUUGAAUUUUGAAGUGGUCGUAGACGUGAAGGACGCCCAGUACCUCAACGUGUCUCUACCUACGAGGCUCCGCAAGCUAGAGUUUCACAGCGGUCUUAGAGACUGGCAAGUGAACGCCUUCAUCCUGCAGACGAGAGAGUCAGGCGAGAACACCCAGCACUCCUCAGCCUUCAGAAUAACCCGAAGGAGGAAGGAAGUGAUCGCGGUUGAGGCCACCCACACUACACAAGGAAAUCUUUACGAUAACUUCAUCAUUAGAACUACAGCUUUAGUUAAGGUGAGUCACACACAGUACAAGGCUGCCACGACGGUGCAGAACGGUGGGGACACGACGGGCGUCUCCGUGCACCUGACCCGCGCCGGAGACAAAGCCAAGCUGGCCACGCUGGAAGCCUUGCACACCUACUCUGGCAAGCCCUAUGGCAUCAUUCUCCUGGUGGACAUUCCGAGGUACAUGGAACCCAUUGAGUUCGAGUUUACGACCGCGAUAACAGAGGAAAAUAUACUCCAGCUGAAGUUCGGUCUGACGUAUGGCAACCAGGUCAUCCUUCGAGUAUUUGGUCCCGUCACGUUUGAAACCUCUUCAGCCUUUUUCAAGUUUAAAGCAGCGAUAACAGUCAUCACAGCGGUCAGUGGACGCCAUUUUGUGUCUGCCGUCGUCAACAUCGCCAACAACACACAAGGGCUAUCAUUUACCUGUAAAAGACAUCGGCGGGUGAUCGUGAGCGUGGACUGCAGCGCGGUGACAGUCACCCGCCAGGAGACGGUCACGGCGGCCCGGGUCAUGCUCCCUGGCUUUGUUGACUUCACCACCGACAUCAUCACCAACGACCGCUUCGUAUACAUCACCCUCAAUGGUCAGCUGUCCUUGGCCAACUCGUACCCUCAUAGAUUGAGAGGCUACACCAACGUCGACUUGGAGAACAUGAACGCCAAGGUGGACAUCUCGUGGGAUGCGGACCAUGAACCUGACAAGAAAAUCAACGUGGACGUUAUGGUUGUCAUAGCGGCCGGCCGCCCGAGCAGGCUGUACCUACAAGGAGACGUGGAGUACCAGAGCAUUACCUACCCCGUGGUCCUGGAGGCCUCGGUGGCCAACCUCCUCCGCCAACGCUAUGAAGACUGUACCUUAACCCUCGUGAUCCGAGCCCCGGAGAACAAGAAUUUAUCCUUGGAAAUUACAAACGCUUUCCAACAUCAUGCGUCCUCAGCCUCCAUAGACACAGGCCUCCACUACAAGAGUAUGCAGGACAAGGAGUACGCGUUCGCGAGUCACACCUAUUUGGAGAGGUUUAAGGCCCCGUUCAGUUUUAUGUACACCUUUCAUGCGGGCUUCACAUCGCCAAGAGGACAAACAGCGAGUGUGAGAUUGGAAGCCAAGCACAGGUACACCCCCGCGGAGCGAGUCGCAUACAUCCAGGGAAGUGUUUCUUUUCCUGCAAUGAAGGAGCCAUUGAAGUUGGAAUUCAAAUCCAACCAAACUGAAAACCUCUACAGCUUAGGAUGGAUAGCAGAGGCAAAUUUUCCAGCCACCAUGUAUAACAUUGAACUUUUGUUAGGCCCUGGAGGGUCUAUCAGAUCCUUUAAUUCGUUUCUAAAUGUCACUGCUAUCAAGGAUUUUACCGACGCCGUGGUCAAGUUGCUGGAAGUCGAAAUGUGGUGCUUUGGUAAAUUUUGUGAUAUAGAUAGCAAUGCAAUUUAUAUAUAUCACUACCGUUUCCACAAGCCAACACCCAUCACAUAUUCCAUGAUAUUCAAGUCUCCAUCCCGCACUAUGGAGGGGGAAGCUGAGUAUUCUCCUUCACAGUCAAGUCUCAAGUUCUAUCCUAACAGGGAUCACAGUGAAGAUAAAUACCAGAUCGCCACCACAUCCUCCCACAGCAACUGGGAUCAGGAGUCCAAGUACGAGGGUCGCAUCAGUCACCCAGUUCUAACCAAAGACAUGCUAGUUGAGGUUCAGUUUUCGAGCGGUGGAGGGAACCUCACAGGCUCCAUCGAACUGGACAUCUUCCCAGAUACAGCGGACAAAAUAACAGGUACUCUUCAGUCAUCCAUGAUCGCCAAUAACACCGUCUUGAUUGAGGCACUGUUCACCUCCAGGAUAUUCAAAAAUGGGUCGAAACUUAUAGUGAAGAUUGGCAGUACGCCACACACGACUGGAUUCGACGUUAUGUUACAGCGAAAUGCCACUUCCGAAGUGUCCUUGCAAGUGUCGGCCAAGUACGACACAAUCCCAGGCGGAGAGGCGACAGUGGCUUUCCAGGUGAUCAACGACGAGGGUGCCGUGGUGGAUGUUGCUGGCGUGAUGGAGCGGGAGGAGGUUCCUGAGUGUAAAGGCCACAAGGUCAAAGCUGCGGUUAUCACUUCCUUCCUCGGAAGUUACGAUAUGUACUUAAAAGUUGGCAGACCAUUUUACUUCGAGAUGACAACCGACGGCCACGGUAGCCUGAAGUCUUAUACUAUAAAGUUGGAGUUCCAGACGCUUAAAAACUUCGAGGCUACGCUAUCCGUGCACCGUAAACUUCUACAUGAGACACAUCCUGUUGUUAUGGCCCGUAUUAAACCGCUCUCAUUUAACUUGAUCGAUGUUGAGCUGGCCUACAAGAGAGACGAAUAUAAAAUGAUACAGGACACUGUGUUAGAGGAGUGUGUGUAUGUCGUCAAGACAUGGCUGGAGUGGAGCAACAUGGAGUACCAGAGGCUGGUGCACGAAGCUCGCGCUCAAAACAUAACCUUCCCGCCUGCGGAGCUCAGCACGCUGAUGGGCAAGAUCUUACUGGAUAUGUCAGAGAUCUACCAAAACCUGAGAGAAGACGAGUUGACUCCCGCGUACGAGUUCUUCAGCAGGAUUGUGGCUCAUCCCGGUGUGACAUACGCACGGGAGGUGGCCUACCGCACCGGGGUUGUCCUGCGGUGGGCGCUCAACCACCUCCCCAGACACAACCUCCAGCCUUACCGCGAACAUAUCAACUGGAGAAAAGAAACUAAGGGAUUUAACUUCGUAGUUAAAGAAGCCGCGGUGAGGGUGAUACGCGCCAUCUUGCUGGUCGACGGCGGCGCCUGGGUGCGGCACCACCUCUUCCUGCUCAGACACUCCUCCAUCUACGCCGCCCUCAAGAAGGAGGUCGAUGCCAUGAUGAGGCACCAUCCGCAGGAGUACGAGGCCAUCCAGCAGGUCGUGGCGCAGGUGGAAGACGUCCUCGAGGCAGAUCUGGACGACAUACAGAAGCAUCCCCUCGCUCUGGGCGUUGCCGUCUUGUUCUUCAGGAAGAUUGAUGAGGUAAUUCAGAAGGUGAGAGUGAACGAGAUGACGCUGGUGUACAAUGUGCUCUGGGCCUACGACUCCUACACCAUCAAUCCCCUGAACAACAUCUUGUGGCUCUACUACCUCCUCCAGUCCCGCUCGCCCCUACAGCUUCUGCCUCCAUACGACCGCACUGCCAUGGUUAUCGGUGACACAGAGAUCCUCACCUUCGACGGGGCCAAGCUGCGGGUACCUGUGUCACCGUGUGAGGUCAUCUUGGUCUCUUACUCCUCCAGCAAGCUCACAAUGGCCCAUCCGGAUGCUUCAGCCCCGCCACAGAUUACAUUUGUUGUCGCCUCAACUACCGCAAUUAUUAAGUCAAAUUACAAUAUUGAAGUCAACGGCAAAAGAGUUCGUGAUUUUGAGGUCACUUACGGGGACGUAACCAUUCAUCAGACGCACCUUCAGAUUAAGCUGAUCUCACCCUUCAUGACAGUCAGAGUGGCCAAGAGACAGCGUAUAGUGUCCUUGGAAACAUCUGGCUGGACAUUCGCUCACUUGGACGGCCUGAUGGGUACGUACGAUGGCGAGGCAGGAAAUGACUGGUUCACGUCCACUGGUACCCGAGCCUCCAGUCUGCAGGAACUGGUGACAUCGUGGCAGGAGGACCAGCAGUGCCCCACCCCUGCCGUGCCGCCCGUGAGCCCCGCUCAGGUCUCAGUAGAGAGAGUCCUCCACUGCUAUCCCCUGCUUGGGAUGUGGUCCAGGUGCAACUCCUUGGUGCGUCCAGAACCCUUCAUCCACUUCUGCUACGUCACCUCCAACCCUUGCGACGCUGCUCAGGCCUACCGUACCGUCUGCUCUAUUGAAGGAAUUUCCCCGUUAGUGCCCAGAGGAUGUUAAAUAUAAUAAAUUAUAUAAGAAUCUGAUAAACACAUCAAUGUUUGUUAUAAAAUUUAAACAAAGAGUUAAAUAUUGUAUUUCACUACAUGUUAGCUACCUGUGUUGAAUAGCAAUUAAGCGCAUAUUGAAGGUAAAAUGUAAAACAUUUUUGUGAGUUUAUAUUUAUUGAACUAUAAUCACAAAAUGAGUAAAUGUAAACUAAAUUUGUGCAAAGGAAUACUUUAGAAACUUUAGAUCAUAUAACAACAGCGUUAUGAGCAGAUUUAUAUAUUUUUAAGCGACCUUUAAAUAUCAAUAAUUUUAGGCGCCGUCACUUGUUAUCCUGAAGGUGCACUGAGGUGGAAGGUGCAAGUAUUCUGUUGCCACCGUCAAGCAGAUGAGGAAAAGCUCCGAUAUUCCACAUAAAACGAGUUAAAACUAGCCGAGCUUUAGAUAAUAUAUUGUCUGUGUCCACGACACUGACGGAAGGUGGAGACACCGAAACAUUCUGACGAAAUAUAUACUUAUUUCUGAUGAAAUAACUAUAUUUCUGACGAUAUAGUUAUUUAUAUACUGUAUAUUUAAAAUAUAUGGUUAUUUCUGACGAAAUAAUUAUAUAUUUCUGACGAAAUAAUUAUAUAUUUCUGACGAAAUAAUUAUAUAUUUCUGACGAAAUAAUUAUAUAUUUCUGACGAAAUAAUUAUAUAUGUCUGUCGAAAUAACUAUAAAUAUAAGGAACUUUCACGAAGACGUUAAUUCCUUGAUCUGUCAGUUACUCUGGACUUGUGGAAGCAUCAAUGCAAAACAUGCGUCUUAUUCCAUCACUAAGAUGGGGAACCUGAGGUAAAUGAGAGUGAGCCCCACAACAGUAUGAUUAGACAGGUGUACGAAACGACUUCUGAAAAAAUUACCAUUAUGCAUUCUUUUUGGCCCCUUGUCUAAAUUACCAUUAAAAAAAAAUCCCUAAGGUCUGGGAAAAAUAAAGCUUUUAGUUUC